CUUAUUUUCAGGGUCGUGAACUGCAGCUUUUUUCUACCUGCAAUAUUUGGAGAUCUCUUAUAGAAAGAAAAAAUCAUUCUUACACACAUAGUAAAAUAAUUUAAUAUUACAAUAGUAAAAUAUAUCCAAGUUGCAGCAGUCUUCAAUUUAACCGACACUUUUACACCGAAAACGAGAUGCAAUCUAAAAUAUUAAGUGAAACAUGUCAAAUAGUAAUUCGAAAAUUCUUAGGACUUGUUUGUUUUUUAUUGCUUGCUCCGUUUCUUAUCACGAUUUUGAUGGUUUCAUAUAUUUACCGUUGUUGGGUGGAAACUGUGCUAAGAAUUCAACUUAAAGACAAAUUUGCCGGUAUGUUGGAAGGGUCGGAUGCUUUUUGGUCCGUCGAAGAUACAUCUUUAUCCGUGAUUACUAUCGUAUUAAUAAUGAAGAAAACCGCAGGAAGUACAAAUAUGACUUUCUUGAAGGAUAUGAGAAACUUAUUUAAUCACGUAUUUAAGACUGCCUCCAAGAGUAUCGAAAAACUGUUUUACUAUAGAUAUCAAAAGUUUGGUUACUUUUAUUGGGAGAAAUCAAAAUUUAAUCCAGAGACCGCAAUUAGAUGGUUGGAGUGUAAAAUCAGUAAUUGCGAUGGAUCUUGCGAGAAUGUUCACAGUACAACCUUUCAAGAAAAUCUAGGUUUUAUAUGCAACAGACCGUUGUAUGAUGAUCACAAACCGAUGUGGGAAAUGCUCAUUGGCAGACGUUGUCCAAACGUCAAAUCUUACAUUGAAGACGAUCCGAGCUUGUCUUCUCAAGACAGUUUUAAUACCAAUGUAGACGAAGUUCCUGUAGUAUUUCGUGUUCAUCAUUCUCUUGGUGAUGGUACAGCUUUAUUCAAGUUGCUUAAUGUGUUUGUCGACGAGAAUAUCACAAAUGAAGUGUCGACAAUAUUGGAAGAACCCAAGAACAGCGUUUUGACAGCUAAAGAAAACUAUUUUAAGGAGAAAGAAACUAUGCCAAAACGAAAAAUUAUUUUAAACUUGAAAGAAGUAUAUAACACAAUUAAAGAAAUCAUGAUAAAAGUAAUACUUAUAUUGUUUUCUCUAGAAAUCUUUGUCUCUCAAAUUGUUCGUAAUAAGGAUGACAAAAGCUCUUUGCAUGGUCGGACGUUAACAGGUGAAAAACUUACAGUUUAUCGUUUGGAAAACGAUACCAAUAAAUCGCAACUUCUGACAAAAAUUAAAAAAAUAAGACAGUGUACAGGAGCAAAAGUUACUGACAUAAUUCUAACAGCUUUUGCUGCUGGGAUGAUUAAAUAUUAUUUACGCAUUAAGGAAUUAAUACCCAACGCAAUAUCAGUCCUUAUACUAAGAAGAAUCUCUAUGCCUAAGGACAACCUAGUACUGACCAAUGAUGUUUCGUUUAAUAUAGUUGAAAGUUGUUUUGUCAACGCGGAUAGAGAAAUUUUAACAUCACCUACAAACUUUCGGUUCUUUGAACGUCUUCAGAGAACUACAAUAAUAAAUAACAAAAUUAGAAGUAGCUUAGAAGCACCGUUCAAUUAUAUUUUAAAAGAUUUACUUGGAAUUUUGCCGGUGGAAAUUCUAAAACUUAUUAUUGCAACUCACAUUCCUACAAUGGCACUUAGCAAUAUAAAAGGAAUACAAAGAAAACUUUCUAUAAAGAAUCAUCCUUUAAGCAACAUGAUGUUUUGGAUACCGAACAAAAAUACAACCGGGUUGUCUUUAAGUCUAAUUACUUACAAAGGCAAAUUAAAUCUGUUUUUAUUGGUUGAUAAAGCAGUAAUAAGAGAUAUGAAAGUAAUCAGAGAAAUACUAGACGAAACUAUAUAUGAAAUAGACUCUGCGUAUAAUGAUCUCGCAUAAGUUUCGGAAUCAUCGGAUCGUUCAGUAAAAACAUUUGUGGAAAAAAAUAGGAAUGUUUUAAAAAGUAAAACCAAAGUUAGGUGUGGGCAUACUUUAUAUCUUUUGUGCACGUAGUGUGUAUAAAUGUAUAUUUAUAUAGCAAUAUCGUGUUUAUGUAUUUUUGAAAAUAAAUUUACUACUAUUAAUUGUGAUAUUUUUAGUGGAAAACAAAGACCUUUAUGAACGUCGAUUAAUCU